AUGGCAACCUUGCGGAAUCCAGCCAGCUCUAGCUCCACGGACAGUGAUGCCUCAGAUCGGUCAAAGAGCACAGCACCCACGAUCUACAGUGAGCCCAUGUCGAAACUCCGAGCAGAGGAGAUGGAUAUUUACGACGAUGAUGACACGGACGAGGAAGACGGCGUAAACUCGACAGCCUCUGCUUCAACAUUUGGAUCAACUGACACUUCAACUGACCACGAUGAGAUUGACAAUCUUCCGCUGUAUGCGGUGACGGAUCGCAAACGCGAUAUGUUUCUAACAGAUGUGAUGCCAUCUAGCUCCUCAACUUUUGGCAAACUGUUUCCUUCUUGCCGGAGGUUGCUUAUCCGCCAUGACGAUGCAACUCUCGACGGCAACAUGAACCUCCGUGUGGAUACGAUGGUUCCGCACCGUGCUGGCUACCAGCAAGACGUAAUCCUUUUUCAUCUACGCAUGUAUGACUUGUUCACCAGAAAAUUUUCCUUUCGUCGCUAUUUUCGGGAGUCGGGCCGCGAGGUUUGCCAUACAGAGAGGAGGGCGACAUCAUCAAACUGUGACAAGCCGGCGAUGCUUCAACGCUCGUGGAGUAGUGUGUUGGCUAGUCUGCGACCAGGAUCGAGCGGGCUCGGACCCCUCUCAGGCGCGCACCACAAACGGCGAGGAUCUGAGCAGAACAAUGUGUUCGAGGAAGACGUCAAUGGAUCCAGGAGCGGCAUCGAUCGGCCGGCCACGCUCGCUGAUAGCAUCAUGAUGGAGUUUUCGAACUACGCGCAUGUAGAACUGAAGCGGAGAGGUGCCGGCAUGACAAAGCGAUACGAGUAUGAGUACUGGGGUACCAAAUACCAAUGGAGGCACGAGUCACGGAGAGAAGGCGACCUACGUGAAGUCUCCUAUCACCUUGUCAACAUGCGGACAUCCCAAAAGGUUGCGCAUAUCGUCCCCGAGAUUUUGACUCCGAUGGAAGCGAUCGAUGAGGAGAGAAAGGGAGGCUGGAUCCCCCCCUCCUCGAUGUGGAUCAGUGACACCUCUGCAUAUAAGAACAUGCAUGACGUUGCCGAUGUGAUUGUCGCCACAGGCCUGGUAGCACUGGUCGACGAUUGCAUACGCCGGCGAUGGCACCGGAGCGGCCCUUCCCAAUUUAUGCUCCCGAUCCGAUCCUCCUUCUCAAAACCGAAGCGACUUCUUGACGAGGUGUUCCAUCGAUCCUAA